GUUGCAAGUGUAUGUUUUUUUCGGUAAUUUACGCGAAAGAAGUGUUUAUGUAUUUUAAUUACAGUGAUACAUGUAGAGAAGGGACUAAAACAAUUGAGCCUUAGCAUAUUUAGUAAUAAUAUCGUGUUUGAUUAAGUUUACCAUUGGUUGUCCUGAUAUUUGCGCAGAAGUCCACCCUCAGGCACAUACUACUCAAAAAUAAUGGAAGUAGGCGUCCGGAUAGUCGGCGUGGUGCUGAGGGUGCUCAACUUCAUACUGGCGCCUCUGUUCUGGCUGCGAUGGCGCAAGCAGGACCACCUCCGAGUGCCGCCCAUCAGGAACACAGUGCUGCUGCAGAGCGCUUCGGAGCUUGCCGCUGCGAUCCGCAGUGGGAAGUUGACCAGUGAAGAGGUGGUGAGGAGUUUCAUAGCUCGAAUCAAAGAAGUGAACCCGCUCAUCAACGCAGUGGUGCAGGAGAUAUUCUGCGCAGCGGUCGCUCGCGCGAUCGAGGUCGACCUGAUGCUGCAGGAGGUGCGAAUGAAGGGCUCGAUAGAUGAGCUGAUGGUCACCAAGCCCUUGCUAGGAGUCCCUUUCACCGUCAAGGAAAGCUGCUCCCUCAGAUCGAUGUCGAACUCGGUGGGCUGCCUGGAGCACCAGGGCAGGCUGGCGCAGGAGGACGGCGGCGCGGUGCGGCUGGUGACGGCGGCGGGCGCCAUCCCGCUGCUGGUGUCCAACACGCCCGAGCUGUGCCUGGGCUGGGAGACCAGCAACCUGCUGCGCGGCGCCACGUGCAACCCCUACCGCCUCAGCGCCACGCCCGGCGGCUCCUCGGGCGGAGAGGCUGCUCUUCUGGCUAGUGGCGCAUCCGCCCUGUCAGUUUCCUCAGACAUCGCGGGCUCUAUCCGAAUCCCGGCUGCGUUUUGUGGGGUUUUUGGACACAAACCAACACCCGGUAUAAUAUCUAUCGAAGGCCACGUACCCACGCUCACCGACGAAAACUACCCGAAGUUCCUAACAGUAGGUCCUAUGACGCGCUACGCAGAGGACUUACCCCUAAUGCUGUCCGUCAUGGCGGCACAGGAGGGGUACAGGCUCGAGCUGCACAGACCUGUCGCCGUCGACCAGUUGAGGAUAUACCAUAUGACUGAAGCCACAAAGUCGAUAGCGCUUCUGAGCGUACAUCCAGCCAUUAAAGAAGCCGUUCUCAAAGCGACCGACUAUCUGCACAGCAAAUGUGGCGCUACUUUGUGCGAUGAGAAAUUCACGGAAUUAGAAGAAUCUGUGGAGAUGUCAGUGUCAGUGUUCUUCGCGAUGAAAGACAUCCCCAAUAUGCUGCAAGACCCGCUCGACCCUAAACACGAGAAGAACCUGCUGAUGGAGAUAAUGAAGUACUUCAACGGCAACGGCUCGCGCUCGCUACAGGCACUGGGUUUCGCGCUGUUGAGCGACAAGCUACUAUUCAUACCGCAACACCGCCUGGCGUACUACCGCGAGCGCGCGCGCCGCUUGAAGAACAUCAUGAUGGAGAAGCUGGGCACAGACGGCGUGCUGCUGUACCCCGUGCACAGCUCGCUGGCGCACUACCACCACCAGGUGUUCCUGCGCGCGUCCGGCGUCAUGUACUCCAUGCUGUUCAACGUGCUGGGCUUCCCCGCCACCGUGGUGCCCAUGGGCCUGCACCGCGGCCUGCCCGUGGCCAUACAGGUGAUCGCCGCUCCAUAUCAAGACAGACUUUGCUUAGCGGUCGCGAAACAGCUCGAAGAACGCUUCGGCGGUUGGCAACCGAUAGUGUAAUGUUACUUAAUAACAGAGAUGUCGCGGUUACCCACCAUUCUUUUUACAAUUCGACGGUGCCAAUUCUGUAAUCUGUUGUAUUUACAACUGAACUAAAG